AUGUCUCUUCCGGAGAAGCAGUGGGCGCAGGUCGCCGAGCAGAAAGGCGGCCCGCUCAUCUACAAGGAGAUCCCCGUCCCUCAUCCCGGACCGGAUGAGAUCCUGGUCAAGAUUCGAUACUCGGGUGUUUGCCACACCGACCUCCAUGCUUUGAAAGGUGAUUGGCCUUUGCCCGUGAAGCUACCUCUGGUUGGCGGCCAUGAAGGCGCGGGAGUUGUCGUCGCCAAAGGCGAGCUGGUCAAGGACUUCCAGAUCGGCGACCAUGCCGGCAUCAAAUGGCUGAAUGGAUCUUGCAUGACCUGCGAGUUCUGCAGACAGGCCGAGCAGCCCCUCUGCCCCAACGCCUCUCUGUCUGGCUACACCGUCGACGGAACCUUCCAGCAGUACGCCGUGGCCAAAGCUGCCCUUGCCUCCAAUUUGCCCAAGAACGUCCCUCUCGACGCCAUCGCUCCUAUCUUGUGUGCGGGUCUCACCGUCUACAAGGGAUUGAAGGAAUCGGGAGCACGCCCCGGUCAGACGGUGGCCAUCGUCGGUGCGGGUGGUGGGUUGGGUUCGCUGGCGCAGCAGUACGCAAAGGCCAUGGGACUCCGCAUAAUCGCCAUUGACUCCGGUGACGAAAAGAAAGUUAUGUGCGAGGAGUUGGGUUCCGAAGCGUAUGUCGAUUUCUCCAAAUCCAAGGAUCUCGUCGCCGACGUCAAAGCUGCCACCCCCGACGGUCUCGGUGCUCACGCCGUACUCCUGCUUGCCGUCGCCGAAAAGCCCUUCCAGCAGGCGACUGAAUACGUUCGCUCGCGUGGCUCCGUGGUCGCCAUCGGUCUCCCAGCCGGUGCGUCCCUGCGAGCUCCCGUGUUCAACACGGUGGUGCGCAUGAUCAACAUCAAAGGAAGCUACGUCGGUAAUCGCCAGGAUGGUGUGGAAGCGGUGGACUUCUUCGCUCGUGGGUUGAUCAAGGCGCCAUUCAAGACGGCCCCCUUGAGCGACCUUCCCAAGAUCUUUGAAUUGAUGGAACAAGGCAAGAUUGCCGGCCGCUACGUCCUCGACGUGCCACAGUAA